AGAAGAUGAAGCAGUUCAGAGAUACUUUGUUACCUGGAUCCCAACUACAGAAAGCAAAUGUCACCCUGGAUCCAAAGACAGCACAUCCCAACCUCAUCCUAUCCGAGAAUCGCAAAAGUGUGAGGUGUCAAGGCAGAUGGCAAGGUUUGCUUGACAAUCCCAGCAGAUUCUACAUUGAUUAUUUUGUGCUGGGAAGUGAAGGAUUCAUUGCAGGCAGACAUUACUGGGAAGUCACUGUGGGAGCUGCAUCUACUGGCUUUCUCCCAAGAUUGGGGCCUCCUAGUCCAGCACUCACACCACAAUACCAAGUUGGCUCUCAGCUCAGAAAGGCACGAGAUUCCUGUUAUUCCUGCCUUUGGUUGUGAGGCAAAAGGAGGACUCUGUGUCUCUAAGGGCUUGAUCAGUGGAUACUUUGGGGGACAAAUUCUUGAAGGAACUCCUACCACGGGCUGUAUCAGACUCUUCAAAAGCCAUUUUAAAAAUGGAAACAGAAAGUGUCUAGAUGAAGACUUUUGAUUUGGAGUUUUGUAAUUUCUUGUAUUAGGUCGCCUGCAAAUCCCUUAAAGUAAAAACGACAGAAAUAGACCACUUUUGGAAUGUAGUGGGGAAAUGCAUUGUUCUUUUUCCAUACUUUUAAACCUCUUGAGGGCUCUGGAAUGGCCCAGGGGGCUUCAAAAAUGGCCCUCGGGCUCCCAUGCAGCCUGAGGAGCACACAAGGCAUAUGUCUGCCCUAUUCUGCA